AUUGUUGGAAACGACAGUCGUUUUAUGCUUUGUUUGAUUGUUACAUCAUAGAGUUAGAAACAAUUGGCAUUGAACUAAAUACAAUGAGACAAUCAACAUUAUUGUGGACUAUUGUUACGUCACUUUUAUUAAUAGGUCACGUGGGUUUUGUGACGUAUGCUCAAGAAGAUGACGCAGCUGAUGACGUAGCCGAUGACGUAGGCGGUAAUGACGUAGAUGCUGGUAACGCAACGGGCGUCGCGAUUUGCUUCCAAUGCAAUUCAACCGAUGAUUGCGCGGUCGAACAAGAAGCGGGGAAUUCUACAGUUCAAGAAUGUGAGGCCGGCCAGCAUUGCUGGGUAAGUUGGUUUAAUAUCGUUGGUAUCCUGGGUUGGAUUAUGGUCAAGUACACGAAUAGUAUACCUUGGGUGUUGGGGGCAACUCUGGUCUAAAUCUCAC